UGGUUUUCAGUGUAUGCAUAAAAGAUUGUCUUGGUUAUUGCAGAGUAGCACAGGACCACAACACCUUCCACUUCCACAAUCCACCCCCUAUUAUUCCAUUCCAUGCCUUCUUCUCACGCCAAAAAGCCUUAUAAGCCCCACUUCACACUCUGUCUAAUAGCCUCUUCCUUUUACCCAUCAAAACUCUGCUUUCUCUGUUCAUGGAUUUGCUUUUCUUGGAGUAAUAAUUGUUAUCUUGUUCAGGAGAAAGAUAAUAAUAUUAACUGCAGUUUGUAUCCAAUGGAGGAAAGUAGAAUUCUUCUAGAAUUGAAGCUCAUUGUGAACUUUCUAUGCAUAGAAGCAGUUUCCUUUCUCUCUGUUGUUUCUUCAGAUCCUCUGUUUUCAUGCAUUGUCACCUUUUACACCUUGAUUCUCCUAUAUUUGCCUAGUUUCUUAUGGAGAAUUGCUUUCUCACCCGUGCUGGUUCUCACUGGAAUUCUCUUGGUUCUCAUACUCCGUCUUGGUGCAAUUCAGAGAUCUGAAGAUGAAGAAAAGGAAAAAAAAUCCAUCGCCAACAAAGAAAACAGGGGGAGCAGAGAAGAGAAACAGGGGAAGCCCGUUGAACAGAUGGAAGACAAUUCUCUGGACCAUUUUCACCACCAUUCGGAAGUAGAGUUCGAAUCUGAAAUGGGUUUUGAAUCAAAUUCGUUUUUUGAUGAGUCUUUCGUUGAAUGGGACGUGAAAGCGCCAUUGAAGGUUAUAUACGAAGAUGAAGAAGAAGAAGAAGCAGAGGAGGAGGGUCACAGUCAGCAACAAAGCGUGGGGAUUCUGAGGAACUCUUCGUUGUCACGUUACUACCCUGAAUCUGACUCUGAUAGCUCGUCGGAGGAGGAUGAUUUGCCGGCGGCGAUGGAGAAGUGGGACUCGCCGGAGAACAUGUGCUUCAGGUGGGAUGAGGAAGACGACAAAGAAGGGUUGAUUGAGAUUGCUCUUGAUGGUUGUAAGAUGAUGAGGGCGUUGGAGUUUCACUUUGAGGAAGAGAAUUUGAUAGAGAUUGAUAUUUCUCCGACGAGGCGCAGAGAGGUUUCCGGCGAGGAGGAGUUGUUUACCGGUGAGAUUAGUUGCAACUAAUGAGAGGUUUAAUAAAGAUUAGGGAUGGAUUAUUAUGCGAUUUGUUUUUGGGAUAAGUGAGUCGUAUUUUAGUGAUUUUGGAAUUAUAUUUUUGGGCUUUGGAGUUUGGUCGGCUAUGACUAUUGUAUAGAUGUGCCUCAGUGCCUGUACCAAGUAGGUGCAAUUAAUUACGUCAAGAAAAGUAAGUAUGUCGACCAAAAAAAAAAGUAAGUACAAUUAAUCCCAAGUAUUCAAAUGUGUCAAUAAAUUGAGUAGUAGUAGAAUAAGUUUAUCUUCAUCUACAUCAUGAUAACUCAAGUGGUAAGAGUUAUGAGACAUAUGAAUUGAGGUGAAGAAGUUCAAGACUCAAUCAUUGGAGGGUGUAAUUUACAUUUCUGAUGUUAAAAAAAAAGAAUAAGUAUAUCUUUACA